GGGCGCCUGAGGUCGCUGGCUCACCCAGCGGGCUAGCGAGGAAGGUAGCGCGUAGCCGGCGUGGAGCCGGGCCCAGGCUCGGUCCCUGAGGUGAGGGUGGUUUAUUGGCUCCUAAAGUAAAGUUUCCUGCAAGUUGCUGAUUGGAGAAUAGGCUGAUGGUGGAUCAUUUGGAGUUGGGCGGCUGACGGACUGCAAGGAUGAAGCUGGCGCUCCUGGGAGUGUGUGGUACUUUAUCUGAGGCAAACCAUGUGGCCAUGUGGCCAUGAUGUGGGUCCCUCAUGGCCUCAGCAGGAACAGAGCACUGUAAUAUUGGCCUCGGUCGAGGAAACAGCUUCAAGCAGAGAAGCCCCUCAGGCACAGUUCUUGUUCCAUCGCCUCAGAAAUCCUCAGAGGGCAAGGUCUGGUUUCAGGCCCAUCAGCAAGUGAAGCCAAUCUGGAAGCUGGAGAAAAAGCAUGUGGGCACACUAUCAGCAGGGUUGGGCACAGGUCUCUUAGGAGUCCAAACCCAGCCAGCUUAUUUCUUUUGCCCCAGCACUUUAUGUAGCUCUGGGACCACAGCUGUCGUUACAGGCCACAACAACCCCUGUUACAUACAGUCCCUCCCAGAUCUGUUCAGCAAUAGUCUGCUGUACCGCCGUACCAACGUCAAGCAAAAACCAUACCAGCAGUUGGAGUCUUUCUGCUUGCGUUCAAGCCCAUCACAACAAAGGCCUUGUUCUCUCCUUCAGAAGGCCCCCUUUGCCAGUGUCACUGCCAAUCAGGCCACUUCUUCCACUGUCUUCCCUGUUGCUCAGCCCAUGGCCUCAUCACUUUCUGAUCCAUACCUCUCACUGGGAGCAGCUGGGGAAAGCCCUUCAAGGAAGAACCUAACAGCUGCCAUCUCAGGGAAGGCUACAUCUCCACUGUCCUCUACUAAACCCAUGCUGAACAACAAUUCCUUCAUGCGGCCAAAUAGCACUAAAGUGCCUUUAUCACAGGCCAGAGAGGGCCUAAAGCCAGUAUCCUCCUGGCAUCAUUCAGGGGGUACUGGAGACUGUGUACCUCUGCCUGGUGAUCAUAAGGUGCCCAGAAGCAUUGGCAUUGUUCUAGAUGAUGCCACUGCUCAUAUCACCUCACCUACCCCUAACACCCUUGACAUAUCCACCACCAGUGUUGCCUCUUCCCAGCACAACCAGAAUAACUUAACCUCGAGGGCUGAGCCACAUCCCUGUGGCCUGGGUGACAACUCAGAUUCCCAGACUACCAAAGAUGUUCGGUUUUCUGAGGCUGUAAGGAAGCUGACUGCAAAGAUGCCUCGGCAUGGCUACAAGUUUGAACAAUCCUGUUUUGCAAAAUCCCGCUUCCGAUGGGGCCUCCUCAACAGAAGCAGGCCAUGGAAACCUUCCCUGGUGGGCCAGCGGUUUCUUCAGGAGGACACUGGAUCUGACAUUGGGAUCCUCCCUGCUGCCUCGAAUGCUGUGGACUUGGACAGUACGGUGUUCUGUACCAAGAGGAUCAGUAUUCACCUCCUUGCCUCACAUGCUCAUAGGCUCAACCCUAAUCCAACCUGUGGGUCUGUAAUUGACCCCCAACCAAAUGGGAAAGACGGGACUCCUGUUCCCCCUAUCCCUGUCCAGCCUCCUGGUGUAGCUGAAAUGGCCACUCGUCUUUCUUCCAUUCAUCUUGACCAGGCUGGGAAGGAGUGUGAUGAGGCCAAGGAGCUGAACUCAUUUGCGGGGAAUACUGGUUCAGCUACUAGCCAAGCAGACCAGAUGGAGGCUGAAGAUUCAGAAGAAGAUCUGGUAGAUGAAGAUUGCUGCAGUCAUGAGGAGGGCGAAGAGGAAGAGGCAGACUCAGAGUGUUCCUCCUCAAGUGCCACCUGCCCCAGCGAGUCAGUGGAAAGGAUCUCUAGGGACUGUGUGGAUCUAAUGACCAAAUCCCUUUCCAAUCAGGACAAAGUUGUCCGGCCAGCCCUCAUCUACAGUCUCUUCCCCAACGUGCCUCCUACCAUCUAUUUUGGUACUCGAGAUGAGAGAGUGGAGAAACUUCCUUGGGAACAAAGAAAGCUGCUUCGGUGGAAGAUGAGUGCAGUGACCCCCAACAUUGUCAAGCAGACCAUUGGACGGUCCCACUUCAGAAUCAGCAAGCGAAAUGAUGACUGGCUGGGCUGCUGGGGUCACCACAUGAAGUCUCCUGGUUUCCGAUCCAUUCGAGAGCAUCAGAAGCUAAACCACUUUCCAGGCUCCUUCCAGAUUGGGAGGAAGGACCGUCUGUGGAAGAACCUGUCUCGCAUGCAGAGCCGCUUUGGCAAGAAGGAGUUUAGUUUCUUCCCACAGUCCUUUGUCCUCCCCCAAGAUGCCAAGCUCCUGCGUAAAGCCUGGGAGAGCAGCAGCCGUCAAAAAUGGAUUGUGAAGCCACCAGCAUCGGCUCGAGGCAUCGGCAUCCAGGUUAUUCACAAAUGGAGUCAGCUCCCCAAGCGCAGGCCUCUUCUGGUACAGAGGUAUCUACACAAACCCUACCUCAUCAGUGGCAGCAAAUUUGAUCUGCGGAUCUAUGUUUACAUCACUUCCUAUGAUCCUCUACGGAUUUAUCUCUUUUCAGAUGGACUCGUCCGCUUUGCCAGUUGCAAGUAUUCCCCUUCCAUGAAGAGUCUUGGCAACAAGUUCAUGCACCUGACCAACUACAGUGUCAAUAAAAAGAACACGGAGUACCAGGCUAACUCAGAUGAGACAGCCUGCCAGGGCCACAAAUGGGCACUGAAGGCCUUGUGGAGCUAUCUGAGCCAGAAGGGAGUCAAUAGUGAUGCUAUCUGGGAGAAGAUAAAGGAUGUUAUUGUUAAAACCAUAAUCUCGUCAGAACCCUAUGUGAACAACCUGCUCAAGAUCUAUGUGCGACGGCCCUAUAGCUGCCAUGAGCUCUUUGGUUUUGACAUCAUGCUGGAUGAGAACCUUAAGCCCUGGGUCCUGGAAGUCAACAUUUCCCCAAGCCUCCACUCCAGUUCUCCCCUGGACAUCAGCAUCAAAGGCCAGAUGAUCCGUGACCUUCUGAACCUGGCAGGCUUUGUUCUGCCCAACAUGGAGGGUAUCAUUUCCAGCUCCAACAAUUCCAACAGCUCCAGCAUCAGCCUGCCUAGUUCUCCCAGGGACAAAUGUCGGAUGACCCCAGAGCAUUUCACUGCACAGAAAAUGAAGAAAACCUAUUACUUGGCCCAGAAAUAUCCUGACCAGGAAUUCUAUGCAUCUGUGCUAGACGUCCUGACACCUGAUGAUGUUCGGGUUUUAGUCGAGAUGGAAGAUGAGUUUUCUCGUCGUGGUCAAUUUGAAAGAAUUUUUCCUUCUCGAAUAUCUACUCGCUAUCUCCGCUUUUUUGAGCAGCCACGAUAUUUCAACAUUCUUACCACCCAGUGGGAACAGAAGUACCAUGGCAACAAGCUCAAAGGAGUAGAUCUGCUUCGGAGUUGGUGCCAAAAAGGGUUCCACAUGGGGAUCAUCUCUGAUUCUGCUCCAUUGUGGUCUCUGCCAACAGCGCUUCUGACUGCCUCAAAGAGUAAUAUGACACCCAAUGCCUUCAGCAAGCCAGAGCCCAGCAGGCUGGGAAAGCACAGCUCUUCCGAGGGAAACCUGCUGCCCUCUGAAGAUGGGGCCACACCCAAGCUCAAGAAGAGUGAAGCCAGCCUUUCCCCUCUCCCUAGGAAGCCUUCUUCCUUAAAGGACACUGAAGACACCUGCAAAGAGCCCAACGUCUCCACCCAGGUGUUACCUGAGAUCAAGUACUCUGGGCAGAAUUUGAGAUUUUCUGUUUCCUCCACGUCCCAGUUACCAGUGACUCCUUCCUGUUUGCUGUGAGCAUGACUGGCCUCCUACCCAGGAGCAUCAGUGUCAGCUACCUCACAGGAACUGGCCUGCUGACCAGCCUGAACCUCCUCCACCUUGCCCCUCAUCAGAGUAUUUCUUUCUUUUUUCUUUUUUUUUUUUUUUUUUUUUUUUUUUGAGUUGAUUAUUUUGUAGAUAUAGGCAUCUGGAGGGCUGGAGGGUUGGUGGUGAUGGUAAGAUGACGAGGAAAGUUCACCCUCUGUCACCUGUCUGCCUGAUACUUCCUAUCUCAGUAGAGGAGCCAGUGAUAGCCAAGCAGCCUUAUAAAGUAGGGUUUGGUUUCUA